AUGUUCCCCGCGGUGGGUGGUGGGAAAGGAAUACAGCAACGUUGUUUGGGACUGGUCCUAGCAGGCGUCGGUGCUGCAGGUGGUAUAAGUGAGAUGGAUUGGUUUGGAAGUUUUUGGCGGCCACUGAAGGUCGACGAAUUUGAAGCGAUAACGGGACAGAUGCCGGCGGAGUCGUGGAAGCGUGUGACGCAGUGGCGCUCUCUCGCGAAUCAACUCAAGGCUUCGGACUCCAAGUUCGACCCCGCGCUGUGGACUUGGAUUGGUUGUGAAAGAAAAUUAUACGCUCUCUACACCCCGACGCUGCCGAGGCUGACCACCUUCGGGGACGAGUUGUUCCGCUGGAACGCGAACGCCGGCGCGGGCUCGGAUUUGAACGCACGCGUGGAAACAGUCCCGGGUGCGGACCUGCCAGAGAAAAACGCGUCGAGUCGUGGAGCGAGGUUUGACUACGAUGCAUACUGCAAGCUGCGGAGUACGUUGUCGGAGACGGGGUGGAAGAGUCUGCGACGAGUAACGCCGGCUGCCUUCGAUAAGUGUAACCUGGCGUACGUGGAAGUGGGUGCGGCGAUUUCUGAGUGUUUCGAAGAACCGUACGGCGCGGUGGACCCGCAGGUGCGCAAAUCGGUAGUGGGAAAGCUGGGGUGCGGGCUGCAGUCGGUGCGGCUGCGGAAUUGGCUGACGGGGUGUUUGCUGCAACAUGCUGAAGGUUCACUGACAGACCUGGCGGUGUUUUGCGCUCACGUUCUCAAAUUCGCGCCACUGUCGGGCCGUAUCCGUGAGCCCGGUGGGCUUCACGAUCCGGUCGCCGUUGCGGAGGCCCAUCUUCAGGUUGGCCUCCGCUGCAAAAAGCUCGAAUGUCUACGUGAUGGAUAUCUCAAAUUCGACGAGUACGCGGAACGCUUCGAUUCCGGUGACGAAACGCGGUUGGAACUCUGGAAGCAACGGCUUGCGAAUCAGCCGACCGUUUCCGUGAGUUCCUUCGGCGAAAUGCAGCAGCCAAAAAACGACAAGCCGCAGCUCCUCCCGCCGUCCCCGGUUCUGAAAGCUGGUGGCGUGGAAGAGGCCUGGGCGUCCCGCUAUUGGGACCUGGUCAGUCCCGAAGAACAUGCAUGUCUCUCCCGCUUGGUCUCACCCGUCCCUGAGCGACGCCGCGAGGCCUGGCGGUCAGUCGCGUUACGUCUUUCCGCAGUUGACCCGGGUCAAGACGGGACGGAUCGAGUGGGGACGUCGGACUUGGGGACGUCGGACUUGGGGACGGUCGGUUGGACGAUGACCAGAUCAAGGGGUGGCGAGCGGCCCUUGUACAUACCGGAGUUGGGUACAAUGAAUGCACCUGCUAAAGAGCUCGGGUAUUUCUCGACUGGGUACGAUGGGUACUGUGCUUUGUACAACUUGCUCGGAAGAGAUAAUUGGGCCAAGCUCCGGACGAUCAAGCCCAUCCAUUUCAAAUCGUGCAAGGAGGGCUACCUCAGGCUGGCUGCAGAGUUCCACCAGUGCUUCGUCGCCCCUUUCGGAAUCCUCGACGGUCACGGCGUGACCUCGCUCACGAAACAAAUGAGGUGCGACUACCGAAUACACCGCGAUGCCCUUCGACAAGCUCGUCGAGUUCUGCCACACACACUUCGGGAUGACCCUGUUGGAUGA